AGUUCGUCCGAGAAGUGAUGAUCAGACAACAUUAUUUAUUUGCAGUCCUUGUUAGUUAUUUCUAUCUGCCUGAUCAGUGAAUUGUGUGAAAACCUUCUAAGCUAAGAAGCAGAAGAGUCCUUCUAUGUAACUUAUCAACGUCCUUUAGGAGCACAAAUGAUUUUCCUGCCGGUGAGUGGUGACUAUCCAAGAGUCUGUUAAUCCAGCUACAGUUGCUCAUUUUGCAUGCAACACCAUGGCUACUGGUGAAAGCAUGUCACAUGACACAUGGUGCCAGACCUCGGUAUUGCACUCUUAAGUGGGCUGCCAGCUGCAGAGGGGGGCAGAGAGGCUUUUUUCCUUCUCUGGACUCACAUCCAUGCCAAACCAGCGGGUCAACAUUGUCCUCCACGCUGCCUCCUAUGCCUCUUACACCUCCAGCUGAGCCCGACCCGGAACCAAAGAUGAACUGGGCAUCAUUUUAUGCUGUCAUUAGCGGUGUGAACCGCCACUCCACCGGCAUCGGUCGAAUCUGGCUCUCCGUGCUCUUCAUUUUCCGCAUCCUGGUCCUCGUGGUUGCAGCCGAGAGCGUGUGGGGCGACGAGAAGUCUGGCUUCACCUGCAACACGCAGCAGCCGGGUUGCAACAGUGUCUGCUACGACCACUUCUUCCCCAUCUCCCACAUUCGACUCUGGGCACUCCAGCUCAUCCUGGUCUCCACUCCUGCCCUGCUGGUAGCCAUGCACGUUGCCCAUCGGCGUCAUGUUGACAAGAGGCUCUACAAACUGUCGGGCCGGUCCAACCCGAAAGACCUGGAGCAGAUAAAAACACAGAAGAUGAAAAUCACUGGGGCCCUAUGGUGGACAUACGUCAUCAGCCUUUUAUUCCGUAUCAUCUUUGAGGUCACUUUUAUGUAUGUGUUUUAUAUGAUCUACCCUGGUUACAAGAUGAUCCGGCUGGUGAAGUGCGACUCCUACCCAUGUCCCAACACGGUGGACUGCUUUGUGUCGAGACCCACAGAGAAGACUGUCUUCACCGUGUUCAUGUUGGCUGUGUCAGGUGUUUGUAUUCUACUCAACAUUGCCGAGGUGGUCUUCUUGGUGGGGAAGGCUUGCAGCAAGCAUUUGCACAAUGCUGGAGACUCGACUAUGGGGGCUUGGAUCCAACAAAAGCUUUGCUCAUUCUAACAAAAUGCACAGCAGCACAAAGGAGACAUAUAAGUGACCAUUUAGGUAACAACUACUGAUUAAACUUGUGAGGUUUAUAUCAUGGCGAUGCUUCACCGGUUCAAAUGCAGAAAGCCAGCAGUUCAUGUUUCGACAAACAUUUCUAGUUAUAAUGGAUAGCUUGGUGUUUGUCUGACUGCAGAUCAGUUAAAAACAUUUAAUAAACCAAUAUUCCCACUGACCACAUUACAGCCUUCAGCUAUCAUGGAUUUGUUUUAAUCUUUAUCUUGAAAUGAAACUAUAAAAGCUGCCGAAAAUGAUAGCAAAACUUCCAGUUGGUUGAGAAAAGUGUAUUGUGGGCAUGGUCAUUAAUAAUAUUUUGUUAUUUAUGUGACACAUAAUCACAAACACUGAUGUGAGUGAAAUUAUACUAAUACAUGCAUGUAGUAAAUAUGUUGCAUUUCAUAUGUAUUGAAUGGGGCAGUCACAUUAUUUGAAUUGGCGGUUCAAUACUUUCACUUGGAAAGACAGUAAUAGAAAAAAACUUGAAUUGCAUUUUUUUGUGUGAAGCUUUCUUAACAUGGUGGUAUUUCUAUUUAAAUGUAUUUAUUUUGAAAGUGGAAUGUUUCUAUGUUGUCCAUACACAACAGAAUAAAAUCAACCAGACUUUAAA